AUGUCUUUACGUAAAAAAUAUUGUCAAGGUGGAAGUAAAAAAUCAAAAAUUACUGUUGGAAUUUGUAUUUUUCCAACUCUUCCACCUGAAAUGUUUAUAAAUAUAUGUCAAUACUUACCACCAAAAGAUUUACUUUCUUUAGCUCAAGUUUGUAAGCUAUUUAAUCGUUAUUUAUGUUCUGAAAAUUCAACUACUACUCAAGAAAUUUGGAGAACUUCUAGAAUUGAAUUUUUACCUUUUUUACAAAUGCCUCCACCUGAAUGUAUGAAUGAACGUCAAUAUGUUAAACUUGUAUUAGAAAGAGGUUGUCAAUUUUGUAAAAAACCAAAAAUUCGCAAAGUUUAUUUUGAAUUUUUGGUAAGAUGUUGUGAAGAUUGUUUAAAAUCAAGAACUAUAAGGCAAGAUCAAAUUGAAGAUAUUAUGCCUGAAUUUCCUAAUCCUGAUGAGAUAAUCUCUGGAUUACCUUUCAUACCAUCAUGGUCUAGACGUGAUUGGGAUAGUGAUACCGAAAAAAAUCCAUCAAGUCUUUAUUGGAAAGCCGAUAUUAUUGAAACAAUAGCCGAAUAUAAAUCAAUUCCUGAUGAUCCACCAACACUUCGAGAAGAUUGGUUAAAACAGAAACAAAAAGAUGGUGAUGAAAAAAUGAAAGAUAUUAUUGAGCGUAAAAAGGAGAGUAACAAAGGAUUAAGAGAGAAAAAUAUGAAAAAUUCUCAAAAGAAAUUUGAACGAUCCAAUUUAAUUAAAACAAAAAUUUUAUCAAUGAAGGAUGAAAAAAAUGAAAAUAAUUGUUUGAAAUUUAAUAAGGAAAUUCUUGAGGAUUGUCAAACUUAUAAAAAUUACAUGUUUAUGUUUCGGAGAUCUGCUCUUCCAUUUACUGAACGUGCUUGGUUACUUUUAAAAAAUAAAUUACUAAAAGAGUACGAGGAAUCUUAUGAGCGUAAAAGACAAUGUCGUAGAGAAAGGGAAAAAUUAUGGUCAAGGGAAACCGUUUUUCAAAUGAGGCAGUACGAUAUUUAUCUCAUAGCAAAAACUUGGCUACCUGAAUCAGUUAAAUCAAUUGAAUCUUCCGAAUUAUUUUCGCCAUCUGAUAUCGGAAUCUUCGAAACAUCUUUAAGUUCUACAAAUUCUUUUAUUAUGGAGGAACCAAAUUCGAUUUCAAAUGUUAUUAAUGAAAAUUCUGGUAUUGUUGAUACUAUUUCUA